AUGCGCUUCUUCACAAUUCUCUUUGGGGUGACCAUUGUAUCCAUCUGCUUCUCCGCAAUUGUAUCCGAUGCUUUAUGCGUAGAUAAUAUCCCAACUUUUGACACUAUUACAAAAUAUUGUGUGCUCGACAAAGAAUCGUGGGCGGAUGCAAAUACCGAAUGUAAUAGAAUGGGGGGAACGCUAGCUGAAAUAUUUGGGCCCGACGAGUUCGCAUAUCUAGCCAAUAAGCUUCAACAAAAAUACAGUCCGGCUUGGGUGGGUUCCUGGAAUACAGAUGACUACCAAAAGACUCCACUUGUAUUUUACAGUGGUGGUGCUAUUACCCCUCCUACCAGCAAUAUUAACUACGGACUAUGUGAGCUUCCGGUGUAA